AUGUUGUCUGCGUUUACGGCCCGGCCGCUCAUAGAGCUCAAGCCACGGGAUAAAUCGCGGAUCGAGUCUGUGCUGGCGUACGGGGACCGUGUGCUUGCGGGGUUGAAUAAUGGGAGUCUACGAAUUUACCGUGUGAACGAGAAGGAAGGGUAUAAAGAUGGAGGAGGAGGAGGAGGGGAAGAGCAUAUUGACGACGGCGAGGGGAGAGAGAAUGGGAACGCCGAGACACACACCGACGGCGGCGGCGAUGUGAAGGCCAAGACGGACCUGCUGCGCGAAAUUGAGCGGUUCUCGCGGUACAAAAUCGAACAGCUGGCGUAUAUCAAGGAGUCGAAGCUGCUGAUCUCGCUGGCGGGUGGGUACGUGUCGAUUCACGAUCUACAGACGUACGAGCUGCAGGAGCAGUUGGUGCGCACAAAGGGCGCGUCGACGUUCGCGGUGACGUCCAACAUCGUCAAUGAUGUCGAGACGGGGGUUCCCUCGAUUGUGUCGCGGCUUGCCGUCGCGGUGAAGCGCAGAAUUCUCUUCUGGUCCUGGCGGGAUAUGGAAUUGGAGAGCGAGACGAGGGAGAUGACGGUCGUCAGCGGCGUCAAGUCGCUGGCGUGGGUGUCUGGGACGAAGCUCGUGGCCGGGCUGAGCUCCAGCUUCGUCAUGAUAGAUAUCCAGACGGGGGCCGUGACGGAUCUGGCGGGGCCGGGCAGCAUCGGCGGCCUGCCGGGCCAGGACGCUGGAGGCAGCCGGUUGUCGGGCGUGGGUGUCGCCAGCAUGAGCUAUAUUGGGAUCGGAGGUUCUGCGCCGAAACCGCUGGCUACCCGCUUGAAGGAGGGCCAAGUACUGCUGGCCAAGGAUAUCAACACCCAUUUCAUCGACCUGGAGGGCAACUCGUUGGGCCGCCGGCAGGUCCCCUGGAGCCAUGCGCCAGUGGAUGUCGGGUACUCCUAUCCAUUUCUGCUGGCCCUGCAUGACUCCUCCAAGGGAGUGCUCGAGGUUCGCAACCCCGAGACUCUUUCGUUGCUCCAGUCGGUCUCGUUGCCCGCAGCGACGUUGAUGCAUAUCCCGCAGCCCAACAUCAGCCUGGCCCACGCGGGCAAAGGUUUCUUGGUGGCGAGUGACCGGGUCGUCUGGCGGAUGGAAGCCUUGAGUUACGACACACAGAUAGAUGCACUGGUGGAGAAGGGCUACCUCGAUGAAGCGAUCAGUUUGCUCGACAUGCUUGAGGACGCACUAUUACGUGACAAACCCAGCCGCUUGCGCCAGAUCAAGCUAGAAAAGGCACAGAAUCUCUUUGCUCAACGCAAAUACCAGGAUUCGCUCGACCUGUUUACUGAGAUUUCGGCGCCACCAGAAGUUGUGAUCCGUCUCUACCCACGAUUAAUUGCUGGAGACUUGUCUAUCGAAGACGACACUGCCACCGAAUCAGAAACCGGCUCGCCAACCGAUGGGCAAUCGAAACAAUUGAACGGCACCCAUAACAAUGCUGAUGCCAACGGCUCGGACGGUAGUUCGUCCCCCAAAGUUAUUGCGCAGGCUCCGUCGGUAGCCUCUCUCCUCAGGGCAAAAGCAGAUGAUGGUAGCGAUGCAGGGAGUAUUCGUGGGAAAAAUACCGUGGAACUGCCCGGUGAGAAGCGUCUUGUGGGCAAGGAUUUGAAAACCGCCGUCUGGCGGCUACAAGGGUAUCUGGCCGGUGUUCGCCGGCGAUUCCAGCGGGUUCUGAACCCCGACGGCUCGCUUAAAACAGAGUAUAUGCAGAUGAAUGUGACGACAGAUGAUGAAUUGGCUGUUUCGGUGAUGAGGCUGCUGGGUAUCUCGCCCGAUGACACCGACUACGAUCUGAGCGACAUGCUGCUGGAGAAGGCGCGGCUUGUUGACACGACGCUGUUCCGCGCACACAUGUACGCGACGCCCUCGCUCGCAGGCUCGUUGUUCCGCAUCGCCAACUUCUGCGACCCGAACGUCGUCAUGGAGAAGCUGGACGAGACAGGCCGCCACAACGACCUAAUCGAGUUCCUAUACGGGAAGAAGAUGCAUCGCCAGGCGCUGGAGCUCUUGCGCAAGUUUGGACAGGCCGAGGAAACCGAUGGUGAGGACAAGGAGGACGAGGGGGAGGCAAAGGACGAUACUGUCUCGUCGCAACUCCGUGGCCCCAAGCGGACUGUUGGAUACCUGCAGAAUCUCGCCCCCGACCAGAUCGACCUCAUCCUCGAGUUCGCCGAAUGGCCCCUCCGCGCGGACCCGGACAUGGGCAUGGAGAUUUUCCUGGCCGACACUGAAAACGCGGAGACCCUCCCUCGCCAGCGCGUGCUGGAAUUCCUCGAGGGCAUCGACCGGCUCCUGGCCGUGCGAUACCUGGAACACGUCAUCGGGGAGCUGAAUGACAUGACCCCAGCGCUGCACCAGCGGUUGCUCGUGCUGUAUCUGGACUGUCUGCAUGGCCACAAGUCCGGAGAAACGAAAUUUACGGGCGAGACCGAGUAUGCCGAGUGGCGGGGGAAGUUCCUAGAAAUGCUCAAGACCAGCUCGCAAUAUUCCCCGGCGAAGAUGCUUGACCGGCUUGAUCGAGAUGAUCCCGAGUGCUACGAGCCGCGGGCGAUUGUAUUCAGUAAGAUGGGGCAACACCGGCAGGCACUGGAGAUUUAUGUCUUUAAAUUGGAGGACUAUAGCAAGGCAGAAGAAUACUGCAACCAGGUGCACCUGGCAGAAGAUAUCGGCGCUGCGCAAGUGAUUCCCUCGCAACGCACGGCGCCGACGGACGCCGCCGAGGCCCAGCCAUCAAUCUACCUGACCCUGUUGUCACUGUAUCUGUCGCCGCCACACGGCCAUGAGCCCCAGUACGGGCCUGCGUUAGACAUUCUGGCGCGGCACGGGUCGCGGCUGCCAGCGAACUCGGCGCUGGAGUUGAUCCCCGAGACACUGCCCGUGCGGGAGCUGGAGUUUUACUUCACGGGUCGGAUCCGGGCGGCCAACUCGGUUUUCAACGAGAGCCGGAUCGUCGCGCAGCUGGAACAGGUGCAGAAUGUCAAGACGCAGGCCCAGCUGCUCACGGGCGAAGGUCCUGACAGGCGGGCGACCCGAUCGCGACAUGUCACCAUCACCGAGCAGAGGAUCUGCGGCGUCUGCCACAAGCGUUUGGGCAGCAGCGUCAUCAAUAUUUUUCCAGAGUAUGUCUUUUUUGUCUUUUUCUUUUUCUUUUGA